CGACUGUGAGAGUCUGUCACCGAAGUUGGACAUAGAGAGGUACGAGUAAAAAAGGAGGAAUUUUUUUGGUAAGAACUCCAGAAGCUGAAGUGAGGAAGUAAAUGAAUAGGAAGGACAGAGCAAGAGAGAGACGAGAGAAGAGACGCCAAGAGAUUUGUUUUCUCCGCUCCAUUCCCUACUCAGAUCACCAAAGAUGGUGGACAUCAGACACGAUUGCAGUUGUGACUGGUGGAAAUAGAGGGAUCGGAUUUGAGAUCGUGCGCCAGCUUGGGACCCAUGGGUUGACAGUCAUUCUAACUUCACGGGACACAACUUUAGGUUUAGAAGCAGCAAAAUUCUUGCGAGAUGGGGGCUUGAAAGUGGAGUUCCAUCAACUUGAUAUUGUUGAUCCUUCUUCAAUAGAUGUAUUUUGUACCUGGCUAAAAGAACAUUAUGGUGGUUUAGAUAUACUGAUAAACAAUGCUGGAGUCAAUUUCAACGUCGGCUCAGAAAACUCGGUGGAACAUGCUGAAACCGUUAUCAAGACAAACUAUUAUGGCACAAAAAAUAUUAUCAAAGCUGCAAUUCCAUUAGUGAGGCUUUCAGCUUCUUGUGGCAGUCAAAUUGUUAACGUGAGCUCAAGGUUAGGAAGGCUGAAUGGGAGGCGAAAUAGAAUUGGAAAUGUGGAAUUGAGAAGCAAACUGGAGAACCUAGAAACUCUCUCAGAGGAAUUGAUUGAUCAUACUCUGAACACAUUUUUGGAGCAAGUAAAGGACGGGACAUGGGAAUUGCGUGGAUGGCCUCAGGUUUUCACCGACUACUCAAUGUCAAAACUUGGAGUGAAUGCUCUCACGAGGCUAAUGGCGCGGGAGCUCGAACAUUCUUCCAGUGGUCAACAGAAGAUAUGUAUGAAUUGCUGCUGUCCGGGAUGGGUGAAGACAGGCAUGACUGGCUGGGAGGGGAACAUUCUUCCGGAAGAAGCAGCCGAUACUGCAGUGUGGUUGGCCCUGCAUCCCAACCUCUCCUCUGUGAGUGGCAAGUUUUUUGCAGAGAGAAGAGAGAUAGGUUUCUAAGGCGAAUUGGAGUAGUACUCGAAGUUAUUACUUAUUAGCAGAGUCACGGUUCCCUUGCCACUGCAUUACGGUGCCACUGGAAUUUUAGGGCACGUACAGUGCUCCGUUCGUAAAAUCAAUGAUUCACAGUAAACUCCCUAGCCCAAACUCACCCCAACCCCUCAAAGUUUAGUUGGCUUUGGGGUCAAAUU